GUCGCUGUCCGGGGGAGGGAGGGAGAAGACUCGGUCCCCGUGUGUGCGUGCGUGCGUGCGUGGAUGUGAGUGUGCGGACAAGAAUUCGGGCGCCGGAGGACUUUUCACUACGACGCCGAACUCGUGAACGCCCCGCGUCCCGACUCCCUUUGCGACGAGGACGACGCGAGUGGCACCGACGCGAAACAUGCGAGACGGAGUCACGGAAGAGAGCGUCUGCUUGUCGGAGACUGGGCGCGGGAGAGCGGACGUUGUCGGCCGGGCGAAAACUACAUCGCUAACGGGCUCCAGACGUCGCUGAAUGGGGUGAAACGAAGCGGGAUAUCUCCCCCCCCCCCCACCACCACCACCACCACCACACAGCCAGCCACCCCGAAAAAAAGGAAAGGAAAGGAAGAAAAAAAAAGGCGAGUCCAGCGCGUUUCGGAGCGGCCGACAAGCCGAAGGGAAGGGGAGGAGAGGGGGCGAAGAAAACGCCCUGCCGCCUGUUGCUGCUGUCUCCAAAUUCAAACUUUGUCGCCGAGUUCUGGUGGAGAGAGAGAGAGAGACACAGAGAGAGAGAGAGAGAGAGACAGAGAGAGAGAGAGAAGAAGAAGAAGAAGAAGAAGAAGAAGAAGAAGAAGAAGAAGAAAAUGCUUCCUUUCACUUAACUGGAGGUGAAACGCCGAGUGUAACUUUGCUCCGCCGGGAGCCGAGUGGCUGCUCGCCGAGGGCCCCUCGCCUCCUCGCCCCUCGCCCGCUCGGGGGCUCGGUGGCUUUUUCCGUCUCCUGGCUGCGGGGAUAUCUGGGUUGUGCCCACUGCUCCUGUCGGGAGGCGAGCUGGGUGGGCCGGCGAGCCCGGGGCUGCCCCGCCAGGCCCACGGCCAUUAGCCAGGAACAAAGAAGAGGGCUCGCACGUCAAACUCCGAACAAGUUUUUUUUUUUUUUGUGUGUUUUUGUCGUCGUCGUCGUCGUUGUCGUCGUUGUUGUUGUUGUUGUUGUUGUUGUUGGGGGAAACCGAGCCCCCUUCCCCCCUUUCCCUCGCGCAACUUUGUUUUCGCAACGAGCGGCCGCAGUCAUGUCGCUGGGCGCCGAGAGGAGGAUGGAAACCCGGCUGAGGAAGCUGGAGGACACGAUCCGAGACCCCCGCUCCUCCGUCAACCUGGAGAGUCUGUUGGACUCGAUGAACGCCCUGGUCUUAGACCUGGACUACCCCGCACUACGCAAGAACAAAAACAUUGAAACCUUCUUAAACAGAUAUGAGAAAGUCAUCGGACAAAUUCGAGACCUCCAGAUGAAGUCGGAAGACUUCGACAGAGUUAAGGUCAUCGGUCGAGGGGCAUUUGGUGAAGUCCAGCUGGUCCGACAUAAAGCCUCUCAGAAGGUCUACGCCAUGAAGCUGCUGAGCAAGUUUGAGAUGAUCAAGCGCUCAGACUCCGCCUUUUUCUGGGAAGAGAGGGACAUCAUGGCGUUCUCCAACAGCCCCUGGGUUGUCCAGUUGUGCUGUGCCUUCCAAGACGAGCACUACCUCUUCAUGGUGAUGGAGUACAUGCCAGGAGGGGACCUGGUGAACCUCACUAGCACCUACGACGUGCCAGAGAAAUGGGCCAAGUUCUACACGGCGGAGGUGGUGAUGGCCCUGGACGCCAUUCACUCCAUGGGCUUCAUCCACCGUGACGUCAAGCCGGACAACAUGCUGCUGGACCGACUUGGACACCUCAAGCUGGCCGACUUUGGCACGUGCAUGAAGAUGGACACUACCGGCAUGGUGCACUGUGACACAGCAGUCGGGACCCCGGACUACAUCUCGCCUGAGGUGCUCAAGUCCCAGGGAGGAGAUGGUUACUAUGGGAGAGAGUGCGACUGGUGGUCUGUCGGAGUUUUCAUCUUCGAGAUGCUUGUUGGUGACACGCCGUUCUACGCGGACUCUCUGGUGGGAACAUACAGUAAAAUAAUGGACCAUAAGAACUCGCUAAACUUCCCCGAUGAUGUUGACAUCUCCAAAGAUGCCAAGAAUAUCAUCUGUGCCUUCUUGACCGACAGGGAGGUGCGACUGGGCCGGAACGGUGUGGAGGAAAUCAAGCGUCACCCUUUCUUCAAAAAUGACCAGUGGACCUUCGACACCAUCAGAGACACGGUUGCCCCUGUGGUUCCAGAGCUGAGCAGUGACAUAGACACCAGCAACUUUGAUGAGAUUGAAGAUGACAAAGGCGAUGUAGAAACUUUUCCCACACCCAAGGCCUUUGUUGGAAAUCAGUUACCCUUUGUUGGCUUCACUUACUUCAAAGAAGACCAAUUACUAAUUGCCUCCAACAAUUCCUCUGUGACCCAUGAGAAUUCAAAAGGAGAGUCAGCAGCAUUGCAGAAGAAACUUUGCCACCUAGAGGUGCAGCUGAAUAAUGAGAAGCAGGUCAAAGAUGAACUAGAGCACAAAUACAGAGCUGCCACAAGUCGUCUGGACAAAAUCUCCAAAGAACUUGAGGAGGAGGUGAGCGGAAGGAAGAGCCUGGAGUCGAGUCUGAGGCAGCUGGAGAGAGAGAAGGCCCUGCUGCAGCACAAGAGCCUGGAGAGCCACCGGAAGGCGGAGAGCGAGGCGGACAGGAAGCGCUGCCUGGAGAAUGACGUCAAUAGCCUUCGGGACCAACUGGAUGACAUGAAGAGGAGAAACCAGAAUUCACAUAUUUCAAAUGAGAAGAACAUUCACCUACAGAAACAGCUGGAAGAGGCCAACACGCUGCUGCGGGCAGAGUCGGAGGCAGCGACGAGGCUCCGCAAAGCCCAGACGGACGGCAGCAAGCAGCUGCAGCAGCUGGAGGCCAAUGUGCGCGAGCUGCAGGACAAAUGCUGCCUGCUGGAGCGCAGCAAGCUGAGUUUGGAGAAGGAAUGCAUUGGCCUGCAGGCGGCUCUGGAGACAGAGAGGGGGGAGCACAGCCAGGGCUCCGAGACCAUCAGUGACCUCAUGGGACGGAUCUCUGGUCUGGAGGAAGAGGCCCGUCAGCAGAGACACGUUCUGUCCAAAACUGAGACUGAGAAGAGGCAGCUUCAGGAGAAACUCACCGACCUGGAGAAGGAGAAGAGCAACAAAGAGAUCGAUUUGACCUACAAGCUGAAGGUGCUGCAGCAGGAGCUGGAGCAGCAGGAGACCUCUCACAAAGCCACCAGGGCUCUGCUGGCAGACAAGAGCAAGAUCAAAGUGACCAUCGAGGGUGCCAAGUCGGAGUCCAUGAAGGAGAUGGAGCAGAAGCUGGCGGAGGAGCGAGCAGCCAAACUGCGUCUGGAGAACAGAAUGCUGGAGCAGGAGAAACACAGCAGCAUGAUGGACUGUGACUAUAAACAGGCCUUACAGAAACUGGACGAGCUGCGCAGACACAAGGACCGGCUCACGGAGGAGGUGAAGAACUUGACGCUGAAGAUCGAGCAGGAGACCCAGAAGCGAACCCUGACUCACAAUGACCUGAAGGCGCAGAACCAGCAGCUCAGUGCUCUGAGAUCGUCGGAGAAGCAGCUCAAACAGGAGACCAAUCACCUGCUGGACAUCAAACGCAGCUUGGAGAAACAGAACCAAGAGCUGCGCAAAGAAAGACAGGAUACAGACGGGCAAAUGAAGGAAUUACAGGACCAGUUGGAAGCCGAACAGUAUUUCUCCACGUUGUACAAGACCCAGGUUCGUGAACUGAAGGAGGAGUGUGAGGAGAGGAACAAACUCUACAAAGAUGUUCAGCAGUCUCUGCAGGAGCUACAAGAGGAGAGGGACUCGCUGGCGGCUCAGCUUGAGAUCACUCUGACCAAGGCGGACUCGGAGCAGCUGGCACGCUCCAUCGCCGAGGAGCAGUACUCGGACCUAGAGAAGGAGAAAAUAAUGAAGGAGCUGGAACUGAAGGAGAUGAUGGCCCGGCAUCGCCAGGAGCUCGCCGAGAAGGAUAUCACCAUCGGUUCGCUGGAGGAGGCCAAUCGCACCCUGACCAGUGACGUCGCUAACCUUGCCAACGAGAAGGAGGAGCUGAACAACAAACUGAAGGAGGCAGUCGAGGAGUCAGACAAGUCAAAGGAUUGGGAGCAGCAGAUCAGCCAUAUGAAGCAGGCAUUUGAGAAGCAGCUGCAGUCUGAGAGGACGCUGAAAACUCAGGCCGUCAAUAAGCUUGCGGAGAUCAUGAACAGGAAGGAGGUCCGUGGCGGAGGCAGUCGGCGUGGUAACGACACAGACAUGCGUCGAAAGGAGAAGGAGAACAGGAAGCUGCAGCUGGAGCUGAGGUCGGAGAAGGAGAAGCUCAACAGCACCAUCAUCAAAUACCAGAGAGAGAUCAAUGAAAUGCAAGCGCAACUGUCGGAUGAGAGCCAGAUGCGUAUAGAGCUGCAGAUGGCCCUGGACAGUAAGGACAGUGACAUCGAGCAGCUGAGGAAUCUCCUGCAAACACUCAGCGUUCAAUCGAUGGACUCUGCCAGUGUCAGCAGUGGGCCGGAUUUUGACACCGAUGAUGCGUACACAGAAAUGAGACUCGAGGGGUGGCUUUCGCUCCCUGUGAGAAACAACACCAAGAAGUUUGGAUGGGAGAAAAAGUAUGUUGUAGUGAGCAGCAAGAAGAUUCUCUUCUACAACAGCGAGCAGGACCGGGAGCAGUCCAUUCCCUACAUGGUGCUCGAUAUAGACAAACUCUUCCAUGUGAGGCCUGUCACUCAGACCGAUGUGUACCGCGCAGACGCCAAAGAGAUUCCCAGGAUAUUCCAGAUUCUUUAUGCCAACGAAGGCGAGAGCAAAAAGGAGCCAGAGUUUCCCGUGGAGCCGCUGCCCAUCGGAGAGAAGUCCGGCUACUUCUUCCACAAGGGCCACGAGUUCAUCCCCACGCUCUACCACUUCCCCACCAACUGCGAGGCGUGCACCAAGCCGCUGUGGAACAUGUUCAAGCCGCCCCCCGCUCUCGAGUGCCGCCGCUGCCACAUCAAGUGCCACAAAGACCACAUGGACAAGAAGGAGGAGAUCAUUGCUCCCUGCAAAGUAAACUACGACGUGUCUACGGCCAAGAACCUGCUGCUGCUGGCCAUGUCCCAGGAGGAGCAGCAGAAGUGGGUGAGCCGGCUGGUCAAGAAGAUUCCCAAGAAGCCUCCACCGCCAGAGCACUUUGCUCGCUCCUCACCACGCGCCUCCAUGAAGGUUCAGCCCAGCCAGUCCCUGAGGAGGCCCAGCCGACAGCUGCCCCCCAGCAAGACCAGUUAACCUUGCUUUGGGAAUGUGGUGCAUCUUCAAGGUGGUGGGAUGUGUUUCCUCCUGAGUCAAAGACCAUACACAAAGACUGUUUGCAGAUCGGCACACUGAAAUCCACAUCACUUCUCCACGGCCCGCCCUGUCCUGCUUCAAGCCUGUGAGAGUGGCAAAGUCUGUUUUCCGUUUUUUUUUUGUUGUUGAAACUUUAGCGGGAAGGCUUGUGGGCGCAUUAGCCGAAGUCUUCUCCUGGGCCCUUGACAAGAAAAAAUCGGUGGCCCCCGGGAGGCUGGAGCUGCACGUUCAGCUCCCUCAGAACACGAGAGCUCUUGUAAACCCUGGCUUUAAGGGGAUACACUUACCUCAACAAUUCUCGCCCGUACACGCUGCCGGAAUUAAGGACCCAAAAAGGAAAACUCUUGACACCAACCUCUGGGAAUUCUUGUGGCCAAAUAAGAGAGGGGACGUUUUUGUGUUUAAAUGAUUGUGAACAAUAUCCAGGGUUUUAAUGGGGAACACUCAGAAGACGGUCAAUUCUGUCGUUUGUUGGCUCAAUGCAGUCGAGUUGACCCACAGCUGAACCUGAUCCCAGAUACAGUAUCUGUACUUUGGCUUAUUCAAACUCUGUAACAUUGAUUGUAGCUUCCUGCUUCUCACCAUUCUGCUUUCAGGGGCGUGUCCACACGGGGAGGGGGGAGGGGCAGUGCUCACAGAAACUUGAAUGAGGUACUAGCAAAAGAGCUGCGACUUCUGGGAAAGUCUAUAAGGUGGCGAAAGAGUGGCAGAUUCCGGAUUUGAGCAAACAAUUCCCGGAGUGCCUCUUAUUCAGAUUUCUGACAGUGGCGCGCUCUGCAUCGCUGGUUCAUCGUCGUAACGGUUACAAGUGCACAGAAUCGUGCUCUGAACGGCGUCGGAUGAAGGGGCCGAUCACGAGCUCCGAACAAUGCUUCACAAUCAAACCUGCACUGUCCGUCGUGAGGGUUAAUGUUUACUGAAUUCUGGGGGAGGUCACCGUUCACGCUUUCCUGAUCUGAGCUUGGAUCCUUUUUUGUUGUUCUUGAAUGUACAUCUGGGCUCCACCGGAGAUGACACACAGGCAUUGUAUUACUUCCAAAUAUACUUGACUGAAGCCUUCUUUUCAUCACCAACUGCUCUGAGUGAACUUGCAUGUGUUUGCCUUUUCAGGCCUCACACUUGAGUGCUGUCAACCACAGGCCUCCGCCUAUUGACAUGUCGUUUUUGUUGUAGUCGUUCCUGACAGUGAAAAGUGAGAAUUUAUCAAUGAGAAGCAAAAACGUUGAAGGUAUGCAAUCACAUCCCAUCAGUCAAUAUACUGAGCAGCACUAUUCCGUUGAAAAGUUUUUGGGUUUUUUUUUAAGUGUUUGUCCUGAUAUUUUUGUAUUAAAAGUAACCAAACUCUGAGUUUGGGCACAUUGUUGUGUGUAUGUGGCUUAUAUAGCAGGUGAGGAGUAAACUGAGUGAGUGAGUGUGUGUAUGUACAGUAUGUGUGUGUGAGUGUGUGUACCGAAUGCUCUCCUUUAACCAAGAAGCAUGUUUUAUACCUAUGAAUAUACACAGUAUAUAUUUUACAUGCCAUACAGUGCACAUGAUAUUAUUUAUACAGCCUUGUCCACUUUGUAUUUAAGGGCUUUACAUCCAGAUUGCAUGUUUGCUACCAAACAGCUCUAUAAUAAUUACCACUUCAACAAUAAAGACAUGGAUGUGC